AUGGGCCGGUUACCAUCGCAUAUAUUCGUCGUAAGACACGGCAACCGACUCGAUACCGCCAACAAGCAAUGGCACCUCACCUCGCCGACUCCCUACGAUCCUCCCCUGACAUACGGCGGCUUUCUGCAGGCCCGCCAGGUGGGCAACCAGAUUGCCACCAUUCUAGAGCAGGCAAAGGUAGAGGCCGAGGUCACAAACAACGGCGCCUCCCUGAGUGGCAAGCGCCGACGCUUCAGAGUCGUCAUCCACAGCUCUCCCUUUCUGCGGUGUGUCCAGACUUCCGUGGGCAUUAGCUCCGGCCUCGCCCAGACAGCCUCCGACUCCAUAUUCCAGCCGUCCGAUGUCAUCGUUCCGCGUAAGGCCCCGAUCGGGCAGCAGAGCCCGCACAAGUCCGCCCUGCUACGGCUCGACACGUUUCUCGGGGAGUGGCUGUCGCCAGAGUACUUUGAGCAGAUCACGCCUCCUCCGGGUCCGGCCCUGAUGAUGGGCAGCGCAAAGGCUGAUUUGCUACGACGCGAGGAUUACAGCAUCUACGCAGACGUUCCUGCGCCCAGCACCACUCAGCCGACGUCAAAUGGCGCUCUCUGGAGCUCGCCGGUGGCGUCUCCCUUGCAACAAUCCGCAUCUGGACUAGGCCAGGGUAAUGUUUUCAGCUCCUCCGCCAUGGCUGCAGCUCUGUCCUCAGCUUCCCAGGAGCAGAAGAAGGGCUACGGGCCUCCGCGGCCAUUGCAUGCCAUCUCGAGCAACGGCAAGAUACCCGAUGGAUUUGUUGCCCAUGCUAGGGACUCGUGUGUCGUCAUUGACUAUCAGUGGGACUCGAUGAGGGCGCCGCUUGACUUUGGCGACGGCGGGAGACUGCCUGAGGAGUGGAAGUCGAUGCACCAGCGCUUUCGCUCAGGGCUGAAGCGAAUGGUCAACUGGUAUGCGACGACAGCCUCUCCCGACGAGCUGCUGUGUGGGCCUGUCAGCAACGAAAACGACCACAGCUGCAGCGACAGCGGCUACGGCGAAGAGGAGGAGGAGGAAGUUGAGACGGUUGUCAUCAUCGUGUCUCACGGUGCCGGCUGCAACGCCUUGAUCGGCGCCAUCACUCACAAGCCCGUUCUCAUGGACGUUGGAAUCGCCUCCAUCACUGCAGCUGUCAGGAGACCGGAUGCCGACUAUGCCAAGGCCCUUGCUAUCGCUUCGGCACAAAACGACAACGCUUCUGCGAUCCCCCAGGCUGCUGUUGAUGACUUGUACGAGAUACGCCUCUCCGCAAGCACAGAGCAUCUGCGCUCCAACUCUGGAGCAUCCGUCACCGCAAGGCCCGCAUCUCCCAGGAAUACAUGGAGCCCUUCUGGUCUUCGUGGCCGCAACGCAACAUUGGCCACCUCGCCUACUGUGGGAGGACCCGUUCAAAACCCAUUUACGUUCCUCGACCCGGCCCCGUCGACGAGCACCCGAAGCAAUUCCGCAAACCCAUCCGUUGGCCCCUUUUCUCGCCGAGAUUCAGGCUCCAGCCGGCGAUCCCCCAGGGUGGCACCUGUUAGCGCAGGCUAUGAGAAUGAGGCCAGCAGCUACGUUACAGGACGAGCGCGGGCUCCAUCUUCGGGGCUGUGGGCACCUGCACGCUCUUCAUUACGUCUGAUUGACGACGUUGAUGAGGAGGCAGUGGACGACUACGACAGCAUGCUCCCUGACUUCGACAACAAGCGGUUCAGACCCAUCUCUGACGAAAACAUCAAGCCAUCGCAGGAAACCAAUUCGGCAGAACCGUUCCCUACCCUGGCUCCCGCCAUCCAGCUUCCAACUUCUCCCAAGGGACCAGUUUUCGCGGCCCCGAUCAAACUCAACACGGAUCUUUCGUUUGAAGAUUCCGUAGAUGAGAUGCCGUUGUCGGGACUAGGCGGGCUCUGGACUUUGGCCAUGCCGCCUAGCGAGGCAGACAGGCUCAGGGAUUUGAGCCAAACAAAGAGGAGGUGGACUGUGAAUGAGAGGGCUUGGUGA